AAUAUUGGAUCAACAAGCUCAAACAGGAAUAUGGAUUCACGACAAUCAAAUUAUCAUCGAAAUAAUCAUGGAGAUGAUGAUGGCAAUCGAGAUGAUCAUCAUCGAAAUCCUUAUAAACAUCGUAGAUAUGAAUAUAAUUCCCAACGAGAACAUCGUUCGGAUCGAUAUCAACAUCAAACAUCUGACAAUCAUCCGUCAUCGAUUUCAUCGAUUGUAGCCAAUCAUUAUAAUAGUAUCCAUAAUAAUGAUAUUCAAGAACGAAAAAAGAGUCGUAUUUAUUAUAUGAGAAAUUUCAACAAUUGGGUCAAAAGUAUAAUCAUACGUGAUACUAUAAAAUUAUUACGAUCCGAAAGAGAAGAUAAAAAUGAUAAUGAAUUUGUCGUACAUGAUCUUGCCUGUGGUAAAGGUGGUGACUUGACCAAAUAUGAAAAAAGUGAAAUCACACAUUUCAUUGGAACGGAUAUUGCAAGUGUUUCGAUUGAACAUUGCAAAGAACGAUAUGGUAAUUCUCGUAAACAUUUCAAAGCCGAAUUUAUUAAUGCGGAUUGUUCUCGUGAAAUUAUUCGUGAUAAAUUAUCCGAUACAAAUAUUCGUUUUGAUAUGACUAGUUGUCAGUUUUCAUUUCAUUACUGUUUUGAAUCAUAUGAUCAAGUUCGAACUAUGGUUCGUAAUGCAUCUGAAUGUUUAAAAAUUGGUGGCAUUUUCUGUGGUACAAUGCCCGAUUCUAUUGAAAUAAUGCGACGAUUGAAAGAAUGUGGUACAAAUCAAUUUGGUAAUGAUGUAUAUUCCAUUAAGUUUGAUAAAACCUAUGAAGAAAUAGUUGCCGCUGGUAUACCAUUAUUUGGAGCUAAAUAUGAUUUUCAUCUUGAAGAAGUGGUUGAUUGUCCCGAAUUUGUAGUCUAUUUUCCAAUCAUGGAAAAAAUCUGUGAAGAAUAUGGACUUAAAUUAAUAUUCAAAAAAAGAUUUGAUGAAUUUUAUGAAGAAAAUCGUGAAGGUGAAGAUAAUUUACAAUUGUUAAAUUUCAUGGAAGCAUUGGAAAAAUAUCCUCCAAAAGAUCGUGAACGACCAAUGGGCAAACCAGAAGAUUAUCGGCAUAUUCGUGAAUAUCUACAAAAAUCAUCCGGCCAGGUUAUUAAUACGAUUGGUACUUUAUCGAAAUCCGAAUGGGAAGCAGUAACAUUAUAUUUGAAGAUUGUCAAGAAAAAGACGGCACCGUUGCCAGCAGCCAUUGCAUCGAAAAUACAAAAGGAGAAAAAAGUCGUCGAUCCAUUGAUCCAAAAACGACCAAAAAAUUUUUCCAUUGGUGGCAACAUUCAACCGAAGCGUGAUUUGACCAGAUUCUUUAAAUGGCCAAAAUAUGUCCGCAUCCAACGUCGCCGCGCAGUUUUGUAUCAACGACUUAAGGUUCCACCAAGCAUCAAUCAAUUUCGCAGUAAUCUUUUGGAUCGUCAAACAGCUACUCAAUUGUUCCGUUUGUUGGAUAAAUAUCGUCCAGAAACGAAACAAGCAAAACUUGAACGUUUGCGUCAAAAAGCUAAAUCGAAAGCUGAAGGAAAAGAAGUAGCACCCACUAAACGACCACCAGUCGUCAAAGUUGGCGCUAAUGCUGUAACUACGGCCAUCGAAAAGAAAACGGCUCAAUUGGUUUGUAUUUCUGCAGAUUGUGAACCAAUCGAAAUUGUGUUACAUUUGCCAAGCUUAUGCCGAAAAAUGGGUAUUCCAUAUUGUAUUGUUCGAGGUGGUCGAUCUCGUUUGGGACAAGUUGCACGAUUAAAAUCCUGUGCUGCAUUAGCAUUAACACAAGUAAAUCCAGAAGAUAAGACUGCAUUGACAAAUUUGGUGGAAGUUAUUCGAACAAAUUUCAAUGAUCGUUUUGAUGAAAUUCGUAAACAUUGGGGUGGUGGUGUUAUGUCGGCCAAAUCACGGGCUAAAAUUGCUAAAUUAGAAAAAGCAAAGGCCAGAGAAUUGGGACAAUUGGAGGCAUAAACGGAUGAUAACAAAUAAUAACCAUCUAAAUAAAAUUUAAUGUAACAUCCAAAAUUAAAAAAAAUGAUUUUUUGAAUAAAAAAAUUUUUA